AGGUUAAGUAAACGAAUAUCCUUUAGCAUCUCUUUAAUAUGAUCAAUAAGAAGUUUCAACCGAAAACACUUUUUUUCCUAAUAAUGUGGUGUGUCGCUUUGGUUUACUUUCCCUCGGCCGAUGCUGCGUCGGCUGUCCCAACAAUACAUAAGAGCCACUUAACGCGGGAUUGGUCCGGGGCGUACAAUGUGUUUUUCGACAAUGACGACAUUGAAAACGGAUCUUGGAUUGAAGACGAUAAAGAUUCGAAGCCGGAAGCGUUCAAGGUUCAACAAUGGUACCCAGAAGGGGCAGAACUGCUUAAACCGAGACUCAAGACAUUCCCGGAGAAAUAUGUAUACGACGGACAUGCGUAUUUUGAAUUACUUUGCGAGGCAGAUUUGAAGAAAGGGGAUCAAUUGAUAUGGUACAUAGUGUUUUUAAAUGAUGAAGGAGUGGUACGGGGAAAUAAGAUAAUAAUAUAUAAUGAAAAAGAAGACCAUGCUGCUAACAAGACGCUGAUAUUGAAAUUGCCGGUGUUCCCAUAUGUCAAUAAUACAAAUUAUUAUUGCUACCGCGCGAGAACUGGGUCUGAAAUCGAGUACACGUACAGCAACAAUUUAACUAUUGUUCUUCCAGAAAAUGACCAGUUACUGAUGCCAACCCUUCUGAUGAACAGAAAUUCGUUUAGAUUGGGGACUACAGCUAGCGAUAACUCCGACAUUUAUUACAACGACACAACUCCUAUAUUGAUUAACUGUUUCGGGGGCUAUGCAGAACUCCUGGAGGUUGACGACGUAGGUUCUUUCGUUACCUGGUAUCAGGUACAAGACUAA